UACACAACAUAAAAAGUGAUCAAAAAUUAUAAACAUCAAAGUUCGGUGCCUGCUGUUGCUGUUACAUCGAACUGCACAUUAACCACUGCAAUGGACAACGAUGGCAACAUCAGCAUCAACAAACGGAAAAGAUCUCCAACAACAGAAUGUACACAAGAAGAGGCACAGGGAUUGCGACUAAGACUGGGAGACGAAGAGGAAUUCCCACAGGAUGAUAAUUUAAAUUUGGUAUUCGGCUCAGCACGCGUCUCCCUCAACUCAAGCACUCCAUAUUCAGAUGCAACCCAAACAAAAAAGCAUUCACCCGGUCAUAUUAAGCGGCCCAUGAAUGCUUUUAUGGUCUGGAGCCAAAUGGAACGGCGAAAAAUCUGUGAGAGAACGCCCGACCUGCACAAUGCCGAAAUAUCGAAGGAACUGGGAAGACGGUGGCAACUUUUAUCGAAGGAUGAUAAGCAGCCAUAUAUUAUUGAAGCCGAAAAGCUGAGAAAACUACAUAUGAUAGAGUAUCCAAAUUAUAAAUAUAGGCCACAAAAGAAACAAUCGAGAUUACCAAUUGUUUUAAAACAAAAUCAGGAUAUAGAUAGCAAUGAUAAUAACAAGCAUGACUCAUACAAUACGUCGGCCUCAGCCCCAGUCGUUACGUCUGCCUCUGCCUCGCGCUCAGGCUCCGGCGCUGGAACAUGCACUGUCGGUCGGAAAAACAAAAAAUCUACCUCUACUUGUCAAAAUGGUUCGAUGCCGAAACGGCAGAAAAACGAUUCUGGUGAUAUCAUAAAAAGUAAAUACAAUGUUAAAGACCUAGCUGAAUCUAUGGGCAUUGAAAAUCCGCUAGAUAAUAAUUUUUUAAGCUACCAGUCAACUGAAAUUCUACCUACGAAUAAUCAAAACGAAUGCGAAAUGGAACUGACCAUAAAUAAAAGCAUAGUUAAAUUGGAAAAUGUAGCAGAGAUUAACCAAACCCAAUUAAACGAAGUUGUUUCCAAGUAUUUUCAAAUUUUUGAAGAUUCGUCGAAAAAUGAGGACUCAUUAUUAGAAGCCACCAUGCUGACCAACAGUAGAGGUGAUGUCAUCACCAAUAAUAUCCUAACUGUCAUCGACACUCACCCAAACUUUGAAGAUUGCCAGAAUUUGGGAGAGCCUGUAUUCGACUCCGAGGAUAAUAUUGUCAACGAUGCAAAUUUGCAUUCGGCCAGUCAUCAAUUACCUCCAUUUGUACCAGAUUCGCAUGAUUGCUUCGCCGAUGAAUGCAAUUCUGAAAGCGCACCGCACAAGCCGGAGUACGCCGUUCAUCCGCAGAGAGUUACGAUGAACAUUGAAAUCCACAAUAGUGCGCUUUCCUAUGGAGGGCAUACAUUCCAAAAUGACGAAUUCAAUCCAAUGCCGUCUGCAACUGAAGAAACCGAUUGCAGCAUACUAACCUCAACGAAUUCGCCUCACAUUGGCUUUUGCGGCAGCAAUAGUUUGGUUGAAUCCGAUGGAAUUGUUAAUCCAUGUACGUAUGCGACACAGGACUAUAGCAAUAAUCUAAUUGGAGUACACAAUGAUCUCAAUUAUACCACACAUGAUAAUAACGGAGCUCUCCUAGCUUAUACAUUUGAGGACUUGCCACCUCAGCCAACUGGUAGUCACUUAGAAUUUAAUAACAGAUAUGAGUUUUCAAGUUUAUACAAAAUGUGAGAUAUAAAACGUGAGAAAUAUUUAAGGAUUGAUGUAAUGUGUAAUUAAUGUUUAUACCUUUAUA